CGAAGGUUUUGCAACCGCGAUGCGUGUGAAGAGAGACGGCUAGGGUGUGGAGUAAGCACCACUGAAGUGCACCAGUCGUUCGUAUAAUUUUCCGAAUUCUUUACUGUGGCUAUGGUGAAUGACGAUUAUAGCAUGCAAUGACUUUGCACCAGUGGAUACAUCCGCUUUAGUUUAUUUGCUUGCUUUAUACAUUUUUCCGCUUUAAAUGAAUGGCAUGUGCAUUUUGCGAGGCUACUUGAUGUGCCAUCGGGAGUGAGUGGUUUUGGCAAUAUGUGUCGCUGGAAUAUGGUAUGCACUCUCAGGGUUUAUGGAAUAUAGCCUGGUUUGUCACAAUCUGUAUGCGUUCUCAUUCAGCCCGGUGAAAAAUAAACUCUUUCUGCUCGGCAUCAUGUUUUUACUCUGGGUAUAUAUGCUCUACUCCUGCGUGGGCUACUGUGCCACCAUGCCAAGUUUGGUCGUGGACAAUUACCGGGGAAAGGAGACAGGGUCUGUGGUCGGUAAAAGGAUAGAGAAUAACGGCAGAGUGGACCUCAUGUCCAGACUGCUCCCUAGACCCCAACCCUGGGUGGAUAUAGAAUCCGAUUACGACGAACCCUCUGUCCGGACCUCCUCCAGAGACUUGCUCAAUAACGAUAUAGACACGUACAGAGGAGCGGAGGACUGGGACGAGAUUAGGGGCGAGGGGCAGAGAGCUCCUGAGCCGGGUGCGAUGUCAAGUUUCUCCAACGGAUCAGGGAGCAAGAAGCUUCCCCAGGCGAUCAUCAUCGGUGUAAAGAAAGGAGGGACGCGCGCGCUGCUCGAGUUCCUCCGCGUGCAUCCAGACAUCCGAGCUGUGGGAGCCGAACCGCACUUCUUCGACCGCAACUACGAGAAUGGACUGGAGUGGUACAGGGAGCUGAUGCCCAAGACCCUGGAGGGCCAGAUCACCAUGGAGAAGACCCCCAGCUACUUUGUGACCAGAGAGGCCCCGGCCCGGAUCUCCGCCAUGUCCCGGGACACCAAGCUUAUUGUGGUGGUGCGGGACCCCGUCACCAGGGCCAUCUCUGACUACACACAGACACUGUCUAAGAACCCCGAUAUUCCCACCUUUGAGAGCCUGACCUUCAAAAAUAGGACUACGGGGCUCAUCGACACAUCCUGGAGCGCCAUCCAGAUCGGCAUCUAUGCCAAGCACCUGGACAACUGGCUGCAGUACUUUCCCAUGGGUCAGAUCCUGUUUGUGAGCGGAGAGCGUCUGAUCAGCGACCCGGCCGGAGAGCUGGGCCGGGUGCAGGACUUCCUGGGACUCAAGAGGAUCAUCACUGACAAACACUUCUACUUCAACCAGACCAAGGGCUUCCCCUGCCUCAAGAAGGCUGAGGGCAGCAGCAAGCCCCACUGCCUGGGCAAAACCAAAGGGCGGACCCACCCCAACAUCCACCCAGAGGUGGUGCAGAGGCUACGGGACUUCUACAGACCUUUCAACAUGAAGUUCUACCAGAUGACAGGACAUAACUUUGGUUGGGAUUGAUGGAUGUGAAUUUGGGAAGACACCUUGUUUUUUUUCUCUCUCUGUAAUUCAAUGAAUGGCAAAAAAAGACAUGCGAGAUAUUGCUAUAUAUAUAUGUAAAAUGUACAGAAAUCUAUUUUAUAAUAAUUUAUUUUUAUUUCUAAGCAAUUAAUUCACUAAGCUGCCUAACCAUAUUGUACAUACAUAGCAUCUGGCCCACAUUUAUUUCCUAGUUUUUUUUUUUUACAUUCCACAUUUUAUUUUGUUUCUUUAUUCUUCCCUCAUGUCAACUCAAUAGAGUUAAAAUGGUCCCUCAUGUCAACUCAAUAGAGUUAACAUGUCAACUCAGCACAGUUAAAAUGGUCCCUCAUGUCAACUCAAUAGAGUUAACAUGUCAACUCAGCACAGUUAAAAUGGUCCCUCAUGUCAACUCAAUAGAGUUAACAUGUCAACUCAGCACAGUUAAAAUGGUCCCUCAUGUCAACUCAAUAGAGUUAAAAUGGUCCCUCAUGUCAACUCAAUAGAGUUAAAAUGGUCCCUCAUGUCAACUCAAUAGAGUUAAAAUGGUCCCUCAUGUCAACUCAAUAGAGUUAACAUGUCAACUCAGCACAGUUAAAAUGGUCCCUCAUGUCAACUCAAUAGAGUUAACAUGUCAACUCAGCACAGUUAAAAUGGUCCCUCAUGUCAACUCAAUAGAGUUAACAUGUCAACUCAGCACAGUUAAAAUGGUCCCUCAUGUCAACUCAGUAGAGUUAAAAUGGUCCCUCAUGUCAACUCAGUAGAGUUAAAAUGGUCCCUCAUGUCAACUCAGCACAGUUAAAAUGGUCCCUCAUGUCAACUCAAUAGAGUUAAAAUGGUCCCUCAUCUCAACUCAAUAGAGUUAAAAUGGUCCCUCAUGUCAACUCAGCACAGUUAAAAUGGUCCCUCAUGUCAACUCAGCAGAGUUAAAAUGGUCCCUCAUGUCAACUCAGUAGAGUUAAAAUGGUCCCUCAUGUCAACUCAGCACAGUUAAAAUGGUCCCUCAUGUCAACUCAAUAGAGUUAAAAUGGUCCCUCAUGUCAACUCAAUAGAGUUAAAAUGGUCCCUCAUGUCAACUCAAUAGAGUUAAAAUGGUCCCUCAUGUCAACUCAAUAGAGUUAAAAUUGUCCCUCAUGUCAACUCAGUAGAGUUAAAAUGGUCCCUCAUGUCAACUCAGCACAGUUAAAAUGGUCCCUCAUGUCAACUCAGCAGAGUUAAAAUGGUCCCUCAUGUCAACUCAGCACAGUUAAAAUGGUCCCUCAUGUCAACUCAGCACAGUUAAAAUGGUCCCUCAUGUCAACUCAGCACAGUUAAAAUGGUCCCUCAUGUCAACUCAGCACAGUUAAAAUGGUCCCUCAUGUCAACUCAGCAGAGUUAAAAUGGUCCCUCAUGUCAACUCAGUAGAGUUAAAAUGGUCCCUCAUGUCAACUCAGCAGAGUUAAAAUGGUCCCUCAUGUCAACUCAGCACAGUUAAAAUGGUCCCUCAUGUCAACUCAGCAGAGUUAAAAUGGUCCCUCAUGUCAACUCAGCAGAGUUAAAAUGGUCCCUCAUGUCAACUCAGCAGAGUUAAAAUGGUCCCUCAUGUCAACUCAGCAGAGUUAAAAUGGUCCCUCAUGUCAACUCAGCAGAGUUAAAAUGGUCCCUCAUGUCAACUCAGCAGAGUUAAAAUGGUCCCUCAUGUCAACUCAGCAGAGUUAAAAUGGUCCCUCAUGUCAACUCAGUAGAGUUAAAAUGGUCCCUCAUGUCAACUCAGUAUAAUUAAAAAGCAGAUAAGUAAUAAUUGGUAACUGAAAUAAGAAUAUAAGGAUAUUGAUAAAGGCACCAUUUCACAGGUAUAGUGUUCACAGAACAGUGAUGAAAAACCCAUUCAUGUGCAUUCUGAUUUAAACAUUCAUAAUCACUUUCACGUUCAAUAGCCAUAAUUAACCCCCCCACACACACAUUGUUCCUUGUCUAGUUACCCCUAUGAGUUUCUGUUCCAUCCAUUCAAAAUAUUGUGCUUCAUAUUGUGAGUUACCCCCAUCCACAUCCCAUUAUUCUACCGUCCCAUUGGUCAAACCAGCUGAUCUCCUGCCCUGUCAUUGGCCUAACCAGCUGAUCUGAUGUCCCUUUCAUUCAAUAGGUGGAUCAAUUGGCCUAAUUGCUCCUCAUUGUGUCAGACAUGGUUAAAGGGUACUGGCCUCCCUCUUGUAGGGCUCCUACAGCCUGUUCUAAUGAAUCCACCAAAGGCCUAAAUCCUAUUUCUGACAGCAUCACUUUGAUAGGGCUCCAUGUUGACAUGAUGCUAAUGGAAUAACGUUACUGAGGUCCAUCGAUUCAGGUCUCCUCUACACUAUACUCUUGCUCUCAUUACAAGACACUGUUGGCUCAGAGCCAAAGGUCAUACAAAGUCCCAAUUAAAUUAGCUCUGAGAGACGUUUGAUUUGUCGAAGAGACAGAGAGGGGAGGACACUCUGGGUCAGGGGAGGACUGUAGUAUUGUCCUUGAAUGCAUCCCAAUUGGCACACUCAUUCCCUAUAAAGUGCACUGCUUUUGACCAGAGCCCAGUGACCUUGCUCAAAAGUAACGCAAUAUACAGGAAAUAGGGUGCCAUCUGGGACACAGUGCAAGCGCUUGGCCUGAGUUGAGGUAGGAGCUAGCAGUGGCCUAUACAUCGGUCUGAUACAGAGCAUAACGAUAGAGAUGAUAGAAAAACCACUGAGCGCUCUGCUUCACUGGAACACAUCAUCCUCAAACAGGAUCGUCAGGCCUCAGAUCAGAUCUUGAAGUGCGUCCUAAAUGGCACCCUAUUCCCUAUAUGGUGCACUGCUUUUUACCAGAUGUCAAAUGACAAUACUUUUGGGCCUUGGUCUAAAGUAGUGGACUAUGUAGGGAGUAGGGUGCCAUUUGGAGAGCCUACACAGAUCAAAGGGAGAGUUUCUGAAGUACUCUGCGGGAACGGCCUCGGGCGAAGAUACAGAACAUCACUGUUGUCAUGGUAAGACUUCAUUAUGGUAUGUCUAUGGUCUAUAUAGUUUGCCUUAUUCAACCCGUCAUCCUAACAUUGUUUCUUUCAUAGUUUCAUAUUGGAUCUCAAUUCGCUCCUACUUGUUGCCAAAAAAAUACUUUUUCAGAGUAUGGAGCUCAGAUAACAAGUUACCUAGGCUACACUCUAGCUUGAGUCACUAUCUUUAUCUUUUGAGCUUUUCUGUUUUUUGUUCUUUGUUUUUCUCAAUGCUUCUUUGUUAUUGUUUGUCUUUCUGUCUGAAUUCUUGAUAUGCAAGAGACAGUCUGGCGUUAUCAUUCAGCGAUGUACAUGCUGGCCCAUACCCUCGCAGGUAGUGUCUACUUCAAAGUCAUACUCUACUCUUUAGAGGAUAAGAGGGCUAAUUCUGCUUCUCAAAUGGUACCCUUCACCCCAGAGUGUAUUACUUGUGACCAGGGCCCAUGGUUUUUAUCUCAAACUAGUGGAUGGUAGCAUACAAUGGUAGGUGGAUGGUAGGGCUUGUCCUAACAUUGUACUGUCCCUUAUUCACAUAUAGUGGCUUUUUUACACCAAGGAAUUGACACUUAUUUUCAAUUAUCAUGCCUAUAUGGAUAACGCCUCAAUCUCUCCUUCUCUCCUUAUAGUGCAAUGGUUGUGGAAAGCAUUUAAAAUGGUCUUUAUAUAGAGCAGGGAAACCAUGUGAAUACAAGCUAUCACAUUCUGAAUUGGAAUAAUGUUGAUCUUUCUCCCUGUAAUGGCUGGAUUAGGGGAGGCUGGGGCAGUUACCCCCUGUUACAUUUGCCUCCAGUCUCCCCUAAUGCACUUGAAUUCUGAUCUUGGUCAUGUUACUAAGAGAAAAGGGUUACGUCCCAAAUGGCACUCUAUUCCUUAUUUACUGCACUACUUUUGACCAGGGCCUUUAGGGAUCUGGUCAAAAGUAGUGCACUUUUAUUGGGAAUAGGGUUCCAUUUGGGACGCAUUCUAUCUUAAAAAUGUGCACUCAUGGUCAUGGUCCACGCGGCUGCAUCCAUUCUGGUUGACUUUUAUUCAACCCUUUUAGAGCUCUACAAAUGUUAGUGAUGUUUGUCUUAUUCCCAUCCGCAUAUAAUAUGGUUAAAACUUAGACGUUUAGCAGAUUGUGUAUGUAUAAAAAAUGAAAAAGAACAUGUAAAUCAAGUAUUUUGUGGUAUCAUGUACAUCAAAUGAAUUAAUUUUACACAGUGAAAGAGCAAAAUGGAACAGAUGUUUCUAGAUAAUUCAAUACUGAACAUUCAUACUAUUUCUUUGUAUGAAGAAAUAAAUAAAAAAGUAUAUAUUUGA